AUGGAAACCUACAGUUAUGACUUAUGUGAUACAGCGAAUCAGCGAUACCCAAUAAUGUUAUCUGCAUAUAUAUACACGUGAAGUGGGUGGGCUGUGCCGUUUUGGCGCUGCACUUUGUUGGUUACAACAAAAAUUCUUUCAAGAACAGAGAAAUCGCGAUUGCAGAUCCAACUACCGCGACGUGUAUUCUUUCGCACUUUUUUCAUCUUCUACUAUUAAUUGUGGGAUUUCACCUGCUUUCCUGAUUGGGUUGCACGUUAGAAGGCACAGACACACCAAUGUACCCCUACCCCACUUCUAAGAUCAGCAAAGCCGUAUCGAGUUUGAUGUCGGUGCUUGGUUUUUGAGGUUCCAUUGAGGGUUGGAUUCUAUUCAAGCUGGAACAGUGUACAAUUUGGAGGAAGGAGAUCUGGGUGUCCUUCAAAAUCUGUUUUUUUCAUCUGGGAUUCUUACAUUUUAGGAAGAUAAAGAGACCCGGUGUAAAAAGACUCAGUCUUGGUAAUCUAUCUGGAUCAGUUUUUUUGUUUUUGUUUUGAAAGCAUCAGUUUCUUUGAUUUGGUGCUCUAAAGUUACCAUCUUGGUACCUAUGGUUGCCACAUGUCAAUUUUAUGGUUAAAUCACGGAGAAGCAAAAUGCUAGCAAGAAAUGGGAUGUUUUACCCCAUUAUUGUGUUUGCAGCAUUUCUUGCUUUUAUAUACUUGACUUUUGGGGAUUUGUGGGUGAGUUCUCCUGAAGAGACUUUAAAAUUGAGUUUUGUGGAGAGGAAUGGGACUCAGUUCUAUGCUGAUGGCCAAGUGUUCUAUGUUAAUGGGUGGAAUUCUUACUGGUUUAUGGAGCAUGCUGUGGAUGUGGGUAGAAGACCAAGGGUUAGGACCAUGCUUCAAGCUGCUGCUAAGAUGGGUCUGACUGUGUGCAGAACUUGGGCCUUCAAUGAUGGUGCUUACAAUGCUCUGCAGAUUUCUCCUGGCAAAUUUGAUGAAAGAGUGUUUAGGGCCUUAGACCUUGUAAUAGCGGAAGCCAGAAGACAUGGAAUUAGGCUGAUACUCUGCUUGGUUAAUAAUCUCAAAGCGUACGGUGGAAAGACUCAGUAUGUCAAAUGGGCGUGGCAAGAAGGUAUUGGUUUAAGCUCUUCCAAUGAUUCGUUCUUCUAUGACCCGAACAUCCGACGUUAUUUCAAGAACUAUGUGAAGACAGUUCUUACAAGGAAGAACACAGUUACUGGACUCGAAUACAGGGAUGAUCCCACGAUCUUUGCCUGGGAAUUGAUUAACGAACCUAGGUGCAUGACGGAUCCUACAGGUGACACCCUCCAAGUCUGGAUUGAAGAAAUGUCAUCUUUUGUGAAAUCAAUCGACAGGAAUCAUCUGCUGACCGUGGGCCUUGAAGGCUUUUAUGGUCCAAAAGAUCCCAAAAGAUUGAAAAUUAAUCCAGAAUUAUGGGCUGCUGAUCUCGGGUCUGACUUCAUUCGGAAUUCAAAUCUCUCGACCAUAGAUUUUGCCUCUGUUCAUGUAUACCCGGAUCAUUGGUUUAAGAAUCAAACUUUUCAAGACAAAUUGAAGUUUGCGAGGAAGUGGAUCCUAUCUCACAUCGAAGAUGGCGAGAGGGUACUGAAAAAGCCUAUCAUGUUCACCGAAUUCGGAUUGGCAGGCGAAAACAAGGAAGUUGAGCCAUACCAACGCGACAGAUUCUUCAAGCUGAUUCUCGAGAUCAUGUACAAGUCUGCAAAACACAACAAAUCCGGAGCAGGGUCCGUCUUCUGGCAGUUCCUCGUGGAAAGGAUGGAAGAGUACAACGACGAGUUUGGCAUCGUUCCUUGGGAGAGGCCAUCGACCUAUAAUCUCAUCACCAACCACUCGUGUAGGCUUGCCAGAGUUCAAGGCGUGCUGCCUUCUCAGCAGGAACAUUUGAAAAGCUUCUGUUUCAAGACACAAUAAUCUUGUGAGUUUGUUUGUUUAGGGCAGAAAAUGAUCAGAGGUUCAUACUGUCAUUAUAUAUAGGUAAAAGAGAAAUUUGGUUAGUUUGUUUUUGGUUUAUGCUUGUGUUUUGAGGUUGAGGUUUGUCCUAGGUUAUAGGCCACUGUUUUGUACCAUGGAGAUUUGGCAUUUGCAGAUUUGUGCAGAAUGCACCCAUGGCAAGUUGUCAUACAAUGCAGCUGUAAAACUACUACCCUUUUCUUACAAUUCAAUAAUAUUCAAUUUGCAAUAUUACCAAUUAAGAAA